GAGAAGCUGGGACUACAGAUGAAUGCUGCCACAUCUAACUAAACAUGUUUUUGAAGAUAAUGAGGAUCAGUUCGACAGCUUAGACAAGCACACACAAUGGGGAAUUGACUUCUUGGAAAGAUAUGCCAAAUUUGUUAAAGAGAGAAUAGAAAUUGAACAGAACUAUGCGAAGCAAUUGAGAAAUCUGGUUAAGAAGUACUGUCCCAAACGUUCAUCCAAAGAUGAAGAGCCAAGGUUUACCUCGUGUAUAGCCUUUUUUAACAUCCUUAAUGAGUUAAAUGACUAUGCAGGACAGCGAGAGGUAGUAGCGGAAGAAAUGGCACACAGAGUUUAUGGUGAAUUAAUGAGAUACGCUCAUGAUCUGAAAACGGAAAGAAAAAUGCAUCUCCAAGAAGGACGAAAAGCUCAACAGUACCUUGACAUGUGCUGGAAACAGAUGGAUAAUAGUAAAAAGAAAUUUGAAAGGGAAUGUAGAGAGGCAGAAAAGGCACAACAGAGUUAUGAAAGAUUGGAUAAUGAUACUAAUGCAACCAAGGCAGAUGUUGAAAAGGCAAAACAACAGUUGAACCUGCGUACACAUAUGGCUGAUGAGAAUAAAAAUGAAUAUGCUGCACAGUUACAAAAUUUUAAUGGAGAACAGCACAAACAUUUCUAUGUAGUGAUUCCUCAGAUUUACAAGCAACUGCAAGAGAUGGAUGAACGAAGGACUAUUAAACUCAGCGAGUGUUACAGAGGAUUUGCAGACUCAGAACGCAAGGUUAUUCCCAUCAUUUCAAAAUGUUUGGAAGGAAUGAUUCUUGCAGCAAAAUCAGUUGAUGAAAGAAGAGACUCUCAAAUGGUCGUAGACUCUUUCAAGUCUGGUUUUGAACCUCCAGGAGACUUCCCAUUUGAAGAUUACAGUCAGCAUAUUUAUAGAACCAUUUCUGAUGGGACUAUCAGUGCAUCCAAACAAGAGAGCGGGAAGGUGGAUGCCAAAAGCACAGUAGGAAAGGCCAAGGGCAAAUUGUGGCUCUUUGGAAAGAAGCCAAAGCCACAGUCCCCACCCUUAACCCCUACUAGUUUAUUCACAUCCAGUACUCCUAAUGGGUCCCAGUUUCUCACAUUCUCCAUUGAGCCCGUGCAUUAUUGUAUGAAUGAAAUAAAAACAGGGAAGCCCAGAAUUCCUUCUUUCAGAAGCCUCAAAAGAGGGUGGUCGGUGAAGAUGGGACCAGCACUAGAAGAUUUCAGUCAUCUACCACCAGAACAGAGACGUAAAAAGCUUCAGCAGCGCAUUGAUGAACUUAACAGGGAACUACAGAAAGAAUCGGACCAAAAAGAUGCACUCAACAAAAUGAAAGAUGUAUAUGAGAAAAAUCCACAAAUGGGAGAUCCAGGGAGUUUGCAGCCUAAAUUAGCAGAGACAAUGAAUAAUAUUGACCGCUUACGAAUGGAAAUCCACAAGAAUGAGGCUUGGCUCUCCGAAGUUGAAGGCAAAACAGGUGGGAGAGGAGACAGAAGACAUAGCAGUGACAUAAAUCAUCUUGUAACACAGGGACGAGAAAGUCCUGAGGGAAGUUACACUGAUGAUGCCAACCAAGAAGUUCGUGGGCCACCCCAACAACAUAGUCAUCACAGUGAGUUUGAUGAUGAGUUUGAGGAUGAUGAUCCUUUGCCUGCUAUCGGACAUUGCAAAGCUAUCUACCCUUUUGAUGGACAUAAUGAAGGUACUCUGGCAAUGAAAGAAGGUGAAGUUCUGUACAUUAUUGAGGAAGACAAAGGUGAUGGAUGGACGAGAGCCCGGAGACAGAAUGGUGAAGAAGGCUACGUUCCCACAUCAUACAUAGAUGUAACUCUAGAGAAAAACAGUAAAGGUGCAGUAACUUAUAUCUAAACUAACCAGGCAGUUUUGUGCCCUAGGAACUCUUAACUUAAAAUGAAACACAUUCAAUAGGUCAGAAAAAAAUAAGAAAACUGAAAGGGCAUCACAGGUUAUUGUUCACUGUGUGAGCUGAGUACAGGCUUGGUAUUAGAGGUGUGAGUAUUGCCACAAGUAACUGUUUCUGUGACGCCUUAUCAUUUGAGUAAUGUUGCUGCGAAGCUUAAUUGAUGCCUUUUGCUUUAUGUCCUGCUUAAGUCUGUGUGAAGGAUUUGUGUUUUUCUGCCUUAUAAAAGAACUUGAUUUAUUGGGCAGGAGUCGUUCCCUCACCCCUUUAUGUCGGAAAACAGACUAUGUGAAUUCAAAUAAGUAAAACUGCUCUGAAAUGUUAAAGAAAGCUGACUCCCAAAAGAGUAGUUUGUUCUAGGAGUUUGAAUUUGUAGCUUCAGUUGCUAGGAAGAAAAGUUGGAUAAUUGGGUAAAAUAAUAACACAAUGAUUUUCAUUUUCCUCCUUAGUCUUUGGUUUCCUAAAGGAAGAAUAUAAGCACCGAGGGCAUAAUCUAUUUAAGUAGUAGGCUAAUCAAGAGAUCUACAAAAUCACCUGAUCCAGUUCUUAUGCGAAUAGUUUUGAGACUUGAAAAAAUUUUUAGGCUUACUGGUAAUUUUCAGUAAUGUACAGACUUCCUUCUAAAUGAAUCUCAUGCUUGUAUUUUUUUUAAUCUUUAAAGUGUCUUUUGGAACUAUUAUUUUAGAAAUCAUUUAACAAUUAUACCUAAGAAAAUAGAUUCUAAAUCAGUGAGGAUAGAUAGAAAUCUUGAACAGAGGGGAAGCAUUGGCCAAAUUUACUUUUAGAAGAGAAGCAGUUGUUUUGACUGAGUUGAAGGAAGAUAUCUAUACAACCAUUUUGUGCCUGACUUUAGCUGGAUGGUCAGUUAUUAAAACAUUAUUUUUUCAGUUAACUUCAACAAGCAUUUAUUGGAAACAUUGUACAAUCAAUCAGUGAUUGUGCAGCAUUGGUUUUAUGAUGACUGAGUUAGUUAUGUGGGGAAAUAAAAGGAGAUUUCAGAGACAUUUGGGGCAGAUACUUUAAACUGAACACCCCUUUUGGUCUUACCAAAGGUCUUCAGUAAUUGUUCUUUUCUUUUUCCUCCUGGACUACAGGUUCCUGAAGAGGGUUUCUGAGGAAAUGGGCAAGAUGUUGAAGGAGGUUACAUGCAGCUGCUUUUGGGGGGAGGGUAAUAGAGUUGUCAGGCUCAAAGAGAGAGUGAGAGAAGCAAGUUGCAUGAGUGCAUGCAGACAUGAUUAUUUUUUACUAACUUCAUUAGCAUUUCCAUACAUUAUUUUAAAAAAUCAUUGUAAUACCAAUCCUUAAAUUCCUAGUCCACAAUUAUUCACAUGGAAGAAAGAAAAAAAGCCAACAAUGGCUGACCCUUUUUCCUUUAUUUUACUGAUGUCCGAAUCAGAAAGAAUGCAGAGCUGUCAUAUAAAGUUUGUCUUAUAUUUGGCUGUCCCAACAGGACUCUGUCCAGCUCUGUUUCAGUUGAUGUUUAGACCAACCCAUUUGUCUGUUAGAAUCUUUGCCAUUUGUCAGUGUCUGCCUGCGCCACCUCUGUGCUUGCUUAACAUCCUGUUGCAUGUCUAGAGUGACCACACUUCGAUUUUUCAGGCAUGUCUUUAUAAUCCCUUGUUGUUGUCAAAGCCUUUGUUUUGUUUUACAUUUGUAGUGCAAAUCACUUUGUUAGACAUCUCUAGAACUAAUAUUUCCAUCUUAGUAUCUGUGUAUGCUGCUAUAACUUCCCCACUGCAAACAUUCCAGUUUUGGCAUUGUGAAGACGUAGUCUGUGAACCUGAAAUUUUGUGAUAAGGAAAAGAAAACAUCUCUGCUCUAGCCUACUGCCCAAUUGAAAGAACUCUUUGAAACACGAUAAAUCUUCAGCGUCUCAGUCUUGGAAGAAUCGAUUGUUAGCACUGAAGUCCUGGCAUAAUAAA